AUGUUGGUCAGUCAAAUUCUUGCUGUUUUGGCUGCUGCGGCCUUUGUCGGCGCUGUCCCGGCUCCUCACGCUACGAAUCGUAGGCAUGUUUUGCACGAGAAGAGAGAACGGCUGUCUCAUGACUGGGUGAGAGGUGAUCGAGUUGAGAAGUCUGCUAUGCUACCGGUGCGAAUUGGAUUGACACAGAAUAAUCUGGAGAAGGGAUAUGAUUUUCUGAUGGAUGUCUCUAACCCGUCGUCAACGAGGUAUGGGCAAUAUUGGACUGCCGAUGAAGUACAUGACAUGUUUGCACCAUCGGCUCAAGCAGUUGAUCAAGUGCGAGAGUGGCUCCAUUCGUCUGGAAUCGAUCCAUCGAGGGUCGUCCACUCGGACAACAAAGGCUGGAUCGCAUUCGAUGCCUAUGCUCACGAGGCAGAAAAACUAUUCAUGACGGAGUUCUAUGAGCAUAAGCAUGUUGCGAGCGAGGGUAUGAAGAUUGGCUGUGAUAAAUAUCACGUUCCCGACCAUCUUCAGGGCCACAUUGACUACAUUACCCCAGGCAUCAAGUUGACACCCGUUGUGAAGAAACACAAGAAGACAAAGCGUGCCUCGCAUCUUGCCCACAGCAAGCCCAGUCUCGAGGGCGUCUUCUCAACCGAAGCAAAGUACUCAAUUCCAGCUAAGGCACUAUCCCUCUCCUCGGAUCUCCAGGGAUGUGGGUAUAACAUGACCCCGACCUGCAUUAAGGCCCUGUACGGGAUCCCGGAUGCGACCAAGGCAUCCAAGAAGAAUUCGCUGGGUCUCUAUGAGCAGGGCGAUUACUUUGCAAAGUCGGAUCUGGACUUGUUCUACAAGGACCAUGCGCGCUGGGUUCCGCAGGGUACUUAUCCUAUUCCUGCUUUGAUUGAUGGUGCAAAUUUCUCUGUGCCGUCAGACAGUUCGUUGAAUACGGGCGAAUCGAAUAUCGAUAUUGAUCUGGCGUACUCCCUGAUCUAUCCCCAAUCCGUGACUCUGUACCAGGUCGACGACCAGCUCUAUGAGCCUGAGGAAGUGGCAACAACCAACCUCUUCAACACAUUCCUCGACGCUCUCGACGGCUCAUAUUGUACAUACAGCGCCUACGGCGAAACAGGAAACAACCCCUCCAUCGACCCUGUUUACCCAGAUAACCGAGAAGGCGGCUAUAAAGGCAAACUCCAAUGCGGCAUCUACAAACCAACAAACGUAAUAAGCGCCUCCUACGGCCAAGCAGAAGCUGACCUCCCAGUGAGCUACACAAAGCGGCAAUGCAACGAAUUCAUGAAACUAGGACUACAGGGCCACUCAAUCCUCUUUGCAUCCGGCGACUACGGCGUCGCCUCCUUCGCCGGCGACGGCAGCGCAAACGGCUGUCUAGGUCCAGACCAAAAAAUAUUCAACCCGCAAUACCCAUCCAACUGUCCGUACGUGACAUCCGUAGGGGGCACGAUGAUCUACCCAGAUCAAACGGUCAACGACGAAGAGAGUGUCAUGCACGUCAAUCUCGGCGGGACGGCGAGCAAUUUCAGUUCAGCUGGCGGGUUCUCGAAUUACUUUCCACAGCCUGGCUAUCAGAAGAAGAGUGUUAAGAAGUACUUUGAGAAGGCGGGCCUUGAUUAUCCGUUUUAUGAGGAGUUGCAGGUUGAUGUUAAUUCGACGAGUGGUUUGUAUAAUCGGAUUGGGGGGGCUUAUCCGGAUGUCUCGGCGAAUGGUGCGAGGUUUCCGGCUUAUACUGGUGGGGUCAAGCAUCAUUAUUAUGGGGCUAGUCUUGCGUCGCCGCUUUUUGCGUCCGUUUUGAAUUUGAUUAAUGAGGAGCGGCUUGCUAAGGGAAAGGGUCCGGUUGGGUUCGUUAAUCCUGUUCUUUAUGCUCAUCCCGAGGUCUUGAAUGAUAUUACCAAUGGGACGAAUGCUGGUUGUGGGACUUAUGGCUUUAGUGCUAUUGAGGGAUGGGAUCCUGCUACUGGUCUGGGGACUCCGAACUAUCCCAAAAUGAAGGAGUUUUUCCUGUCCUUGCCGUGA